UAGAAGUGCAAGAGAGCCUUGGAUGUCAACACCUAACAGACUCUUGAGACCAGCUACUAAACCACGAAAAGUGACUUUCUUCUCCAGUGUUCUUUCCGGCCCUUCUGAUGGAAGCAGAAACAGGGACCAGCGUUGAGACUAGAAAGACAGCCAACAGGGGCACUCGGAUUGCCCUGGGUGUGUUCAUCGGUGGCACCCUGGUUCUGGGCACGAUCCUCUUUCUAGUGAGUCAAGGUCUCCUAAGUCUCCAAGCUAAACAGGAGUACUGCCUGAAGCCAGAAUGCAUCGAAGCUGCUGCUGCCAUCCUGAGUAAAGUAAAUCUGUCUGUGGAUCCUUGUGAUAAUUUCUUCCGGUUCGCUUGUGAUGGCUGGAUAAACAAUAAUCCAAUUCCUGAAGAUAUGCCAAGCUAUGGGGUUUAUCCUUGGCUGAGACAUAAUGUUGACCUCAAGUUGAAGGCACUUUUGGAGAAAUCAAUCAGUAGAAGGCGGGACAUGGAAGCCAAACAGAAAGCCAAAAUCCUUUAUUCAUCCUGCAUGAAUGAGAAAGCGAUUGAAAAAGCAGAUGCUAAGCCAUUGCUACAUAUCCUACGACAUUCACCAUUUCGUUGGCCUGUGCUCGAAUCUAAUAUUGGUCCUGAAGGGGUUUGGUCAGAGAGAAAGUUCAACCUUCUGCACACACUUGCAACAUUUCGUGGUCAAUAUAGCAAUUCUGUGUUCAUCCGUUUGUACGUGUCCCCUGAUGACAAGGCAUCCAAUGAACAUAUCUUGAAGCUGGACCAAGCAACUCUCUCCCUGGCUGUGAGGGAAGACUACCUUGAUAACAGCACAGAAGCCAAGUCUUAUCGAGAUGCCCUUUACAAGUUCAUGGUGGAUACUGCAGUGCUUUUAGGAGCUAACAGCUCCCGAGCAGAGCAUGACAUGAAGUCAGUGCUUAGGUUGGAAAUUAAGAUAGCUGAGAUAAUGAUUCCGCAUGAAAACCGAACCAGUGAGGCCAUGUACAACAAAAUGAACAUUUCUGAACUGAGUGCUAUGAUUCCCCAGUUUGACUGGCUGGGCUACAUCAAGAAGGUCAUCGAUACCAGACUCUAUCCCCACCUGAAGGACAUCGGCCCCUCAGAGAACGUGGUGGUCCGCGUCCCCCAGUACUUUAAAGAUUUGUUUAGGAUAUUAGGCUCUGAGAGGAAGAAGACCAUUGCCAACUAUUUGGUGUGGAGAAUGGUUUAUUCCAGAAUUCCAAACCUUAGCAGGCGCUUUCAGUAUAGGUGGCUGGAAUUCUCACGGGUAAUCCAAGGGACCACAACUUUGCUGCCCCAAUGGGACAAAUGUGUAAACUUCAUUGAAAGUGCCCUCCCUUAUGUUGUUGGAAAAAUGUUUGUGGAUGUGCACUUCCAGGAAGAUAAGAAGGAGAUGAUGGAGGAAUUGAUUGAGGGUGUUCGCUGGGCCUUUAUUGACAUGUUGGAGAAAGAAAACGAGUGGAUGGACACAGAAACAAAAAGAAAAGCCAAAGAAAAGGCAAGAGCUGUUUUGGCAAAAGUUGGCUAUCCUGAGUUUAUAAUGAAUGAUACUCAUGUUAAUGAAGACCUCAAGGCAAUCAAGUUCUCAGAAUCUGACUACUUUGGCAAUGUACUGCAAACCCGCAAGUAUUUAGCACAGUCUGACUUCUUCUGGCUAAGAAAAGCUGUUCCAAAAACAGAGUGGUUUACAAAUCCAACCACGGUCAAUGCCUUCUACAGUGCAUCUACCAACCAGAUCCGAUUUCCAGCAGGAGAGCUCCAGAAGCCUUUCUUUUGGGGAACAGAAUAUCCUCGAUCUCUGAGUUACGGUGCUAUAGGAGUAAUUGUUGGACAUGAAUUUACACAUGGAUUUGAUAAUAAUGGUAGAAAAUAUGAUAAAAAUGGAAACCUGGAUCCUUGGUGGUCUGCUGACUCUGAAGAAAAGUUUAAAGAAAAAACAAAGUGCAUGAUUAACCAGUAUAGCAACUAUUAUUGGAAGAAAGCUGGCUUAAAUGUAAAGGGGAAGAGGACCCUCGGAGAAAAUAUUGCUGAUAAUGGAGGUCUGCGGGAAGCAUUUAGGGCUUACAGGAAAUGGAUAAAUGACAGACGGCAGGGAGUUGAGGAACCUCUCCUACCUGGCAUCACAUUCACCAACAAUCAGCUCUUCUUCCUGAGUUAUGCUCAUGUGAGGUGCAAUUCCUACAGACCAGAAGCUGCCCGAGAACAAAUCCAAAUUGGUGCUCACAGCCCUCCUCAGUUUAGGGUCAAUGGUGCAAUUAGUAACUUUGAAGAAUUCCAGAAAGCUUUCAACUGUCCACCCAAUUCCACGAUGAACAGAGGCAUGGACUCCUGCAGACUCUGGUAG